UUUUAUACUGUCAGUACUGAAAAUCUGCAGCGUAUGCUAUGUGCAAUAGAUUUUCAACAUUGACAGUGAAUACGGAUAAACAUAUAGACAAGAAAUUUGGAAAAAUAUACGCAUAUAUGUGUGCGUCUUAUAAUUAUAAAUUGCUAUAAGUGUAGAAAGUGUAGAGAAAAAUCUUUCAGCCAGCACCGCCCAUACUAAGAAAAGAUAAAUACUUAUAAUGAAUGUGUAAUAUACGAGAAUAUAGUCAUAGUGUCAAAGUACGCCUGCUCUUUUUACUUCUUCUGACGAACAUUCCGCGAAUAAACGAGCCGAGUGAAGAAAUUAUGACGUCCUUAACGAAACUGCCGCCAAUCGCAAGGCUAUCCAACAAAGUGAUUCGAAUCCUGGGAUGUAAUCCUGGUCCGAUGACGUUGCAAGGCACGAACACUUAUCUCGUAGGCACUGGACGCAGACGUGUGCUAGUUGAUACUGGAGAAGCAAAGACGGCUGAUGAUUAUAUAAAACUCUUAGACAAUGUAUUAAACGAAGAGAAUGCGACUAUUGAGCAUUUAGUGAUCACACAUUGGCAUGACGAUCACAUUGGAGGAGUGGAGCCCGUACGAAACUUGGUAAAGAGAUUGUUUCCCAUGGAAAAGCAACCAACUGUGUGGAAAUUGCCACGAUCGCCUAAUGAUAAGAACAUCUCCGAUCUUGAGAAAUCAAUUCAAUGGAAAUCUCUGAAAAAUGAUCAAAUUGUGGAGGUAGAAGGAGCGAAGCUUCAAAUAAAAUACACGCCAGGACACACCAGCGAUCAUGCAUGUCUGCUGCUGCAGGACGAGAAUAUUUUGUUCAGCGGCGAUUGCAUCCUCGGGGAAAGUACAACAAUCUUCGAAGAUCUCCAUGAUUAUAUGUUAUCGCUAAACAAAAUCCUGGAGAUGCAGCCCAAGAUCAUUUAUCCGGGUCACGGACCAGUUCUUAAUGAUCCCUUGCCACAUAUACAGUAUUACAUAAAGCACAGGCAGCAGAGGGAGAAGGAUAUUUUACAGAUACUACAACAACAGGGAAAUGAUAAAUCGAUAACAGAGAUGGAUAUUGUUAAGCUGUUAUAUAAGGAUACUCCAAAAAACUUAUGGCUACCCGCAGCAUUUGCUGUGAAACAUCAUCUUUACAAGCUAAAGAAAGAGGGAAAAGUGUUGCAAGAAGAGGAAGGUUGGCGAAGAAUUAGAGGCAAAAUAUAAAUAGGUAUAACAUGUGAAGAACAUUCAAGAUGGGAUAAAAUUGAGUAUUUAGAAACCGAAAUAAUGUUUUGAUCGAAAACUUAUAAAAUGCUAAUCCUG